CUUACAAAAUUUAGAAUGAAACAACCCAAAAAUAAAGAAAACUCAAACAAACAAUUCACAAUUUUCAAACCAUCGAUACCUUGAGAUUACUUUUUAUCCAAAGCUAUAUAGAUUUAAUUUAAUUUAUCUAGCGUUUUUCUUUAAACUUUCUUUAAUUCUGAUAUCCCGAAAAAAAAAAAAAUUAUGACUCCAAUGUCAAAUGAAACUUGGGAAUCCGAAAUUAAACAUAUAUAUAUAUAUAUAUAUUAUUGUCAAGAUAAAGAAAAUAAAAGACGAUAAAUAUCGGUCGAAGCGUUUUCCCAACGCUCACUUUUAACUACGCUUUGCUCUCUCCUUUUCUCUGUUGCUCUUUCAGAUCUCGAUGAAAGAUGAGUAACCGUGCUGAGUCGUCCGACCUGAAAUCGGAGAGGAAAGACUACUCGACGGCGAUUUUGGAAAGGAAAAAGUCGCCGAAUCGGUUGGUCGUUGAUGAGGCUGUCAACGAUGACAACUCCGUUGUUGGUUUGCACCCCGACACCAUGGAGAAGUUGCAGCUCUUCCGUGGAGACACUAUUCUCAUCAAGGGAAAGAAGCGAAAGGAUACAAUCUGCAUUGCUCUUGCUGAUGAGACAUGCGAGGUGCCUAAGAUUAGAAUGAACAAAGUUGUUCGGUCGAACCUGAGGGUUCGACUUGGAGAUGUUGUGUCUGUGCACCAAUGUCUUGAUGUGAAGUAUGGGAAACGUGUUCACAUUCUUCCCAUUGACGAUACCAUCGAAGGUGUUACUGGGAGUCUGUUUGAUGCUUACUUGAAGCCUUAUUUCUUGGAGGCUUAUCGCCCUGUGAGGAAAGGAGAUCUAUUCCUUGUUCGAGGAGGGAUGAGGAGUGUGGAGUUCAAGGUCAUUGAGACUGACCCAGCAGAGUAUUGUGUAGUUGCCCCAGACACUGAAAUUUUCUGUGAGGGGGAACCUGUUAGAAGGGAAGAUGAGGAUAGGUUGGAUGAAGUUGGUUAUGAUGAUGUAGGUGGUGUUAGAAAGCAGAUGGCUCAGAUUCGUGAGUUGGUGGAAUUGCCCCUAAGGCAUCCUCAACUUUUUAAAUCAAUAGGUGUUAAACCACCCAAAGGGAUUUUGCUUUACGGACCACCAGGUUCUGGUAAGACAUUAAUAGCCAGAGCUGUUGCUAAUGAAACCGGAGCUUUCUUCUUCUGUAUUAAUGGACCAGAGAUUAUGUCCAAAUUGGCUGGAGAGAGUGAAAGCAACCUUAGGAAGGCUUUUGAAGAAGCUGAGAAGAAUGCUCCAUCUAUCAUCUUUAUUGAUGAGAUUGAUUCAAUUGCUCCUAAGCGUGAGAAGACACAUGGUGAGGUUGAGAGACGGAUUGUUUCACAGCUUUUGGCUCUCAUGGAUGGUCUGAAAUCAAGGGCUCAUGUGAUUGUUAUUGGGGCUACUAAUCGUCCAAACAGCAUUGAUCCUGCUUUGAGGAGAUUUGGCAGGUUUGAUAGGGAGAUAGACAUUGGUGUUCCGGAUGAAGUUGGUCGUCUUGAAGUCCUUCGCAUCCAUACCAAGAACAUGAAGCUUUCGGAUGAUGUUGAUCUAGAAAGGAUUGCAAAAGACACUCAUGGGUAUGUUGGUGCUGAUCUUGCUGCUUUAUGCACUGAAGCUGCACUGCAGUGCAUCAGAGAGAAGAUGGAUGUCAUUGACUUGGAGGAUGAUUCUAUUGAUGCUGAGAUACUUAAUUCAAUGGCAGUUACAAAUGAACACUUCCAAACUGCCCUUGGAACUAGCAAUCCCUCUGCUCUGCGUGAAACAGUGGUUGAAGUGCCUAAUGUCAGCUGGGAGGAUAUUGGAGGCCUGGAGAAUGUUAAGCGAGAACUUCAGGAGACUGUGCAAUAUCCUGUGGAGCACCCAGAGAAGUUUGAGAAAUUUGGCAUGUCGCCUUCAAAAGGGGUCCUUUUCUAUGGUCCUCCUGGCUGUGGUAAAACUCUUCUUGCUAAGGCUAUUGCAAAUGAAUGCCAAGCAAACUUCAUCAGUGUUAAAGGUCCUGAACUGCUCACCAUGUGGUUUGGUGAGAGUGAAGCCAAUGUUAGAGAAAUAUUUGACAAGGCUCGACAGUCUGCACCUUGUGUCCUUUUCUUUGAUGAGCUCGAUUCCAUUGCUACACAGAGAGGAAGCAGUGUUGGGGAUGCAGGUGGUGCUGCUGAUAGGGUUCUAAACCAACUUCUAACUGAAAUGGAUGGCAUGUCAGCUAAAAAGACUGUUUUUAUCAUUGGGGCCACCAACAGACCUGACAUUAUUGACCCAGCACUUUUACGGCCUGGACGGCUUGAUCAGUUAAUUUAUAUUCCUCUUCCAGAUGAGGAGUCACGUCAUCAGAUCUUCAAGGCCUGUUUGAGAAAAUCACCGGUCUCUAAAGAUGCUGAUUUGAGGUCACUGGCUAGGUAUACCCAGGGGUUUAGCGGGGCUGAUAUUACUGAGAUUUGCCAGCGAGCAUGCAAGUAUGCCAUCAGAGAGAAUAUUGAAAAGGACAUUGAGAGGGAAAGAAGAAGAACAGAGAAUUCUGAAGCAAUGGAUGAGGAUGUGGAGGAAGAAGUCGCAGAGAUUAAGGCUGCGCAUUUUGAGGAGUCCAUGAAGUUUGCACGAAGGAGUGUUAGUGAUGCUGACAUUCGCAAAUACCAGGCAUUUGCUCAGACCUUGCAGCAGUCUAGGGGUUUCGGAUCUGAGUUUAGGUUUUCAGAGACUAGAACCACUGCCACUGGAUCUGAUCCAUUUUCAACUUCCGCUGCUGCUAGGGAUGACGAAGAUGAUCUGUAUAGUUAGGUUAAUAUAUCUAGGUUUAGCAAAGCCCUUUUUUUUUUUUGGAUAAGUUGUGCUUUAUUUAUCCAAAGCAAAGUUCUACUACAAAGUAACUAUCCAACUGUCUGUACAAUUAAUUAGUAGCAUACUUUAGUAUAGCCACAUUUAAGUUCCAAAGCAUUGUAACUUUUAGACUCUAUCUGUAGCAAUAUGGCUUAGCUCUUAUAACCAUAUUCGAACAAUCAUCUUUAAUUUGAUUUUGCAGUUGUGUGUUGUCUUUUCUUUUUGCUUCA